AUGGUAAGUGCUAGAAAUCAAAAUUCCCUGGACGUAAUACUUACAUACGAUAAUAGGGAGAUGCAAAGCGAUACAUCUGUCGUCGUAUCAACGUCUCAUAUCCCGGGGAUGGAUAAUGCAGCGGGUGGUGGUGGGCGGCAGGGGCCCGCGGGACGAUCCAAACUGAGAUAUGGAUCUUUGGCCUUAGGCGCAUUUCUAGCUAUGCACUGUCGUGUUGCUGCUUCUGCGCUAACUGGUGGCUUUUUCCUUUUCAUAUUGUUUCUGGUUACCGCUACUGCAAGUUUGGCAAAUCCAUUGCGCCAUUUCGAGGUAUAUCUUGGUCAGUGGAGUAUCAGUGGCCCCGGUCGCGCUUUUCGGAUUAUUCCUAUGCUAGAUGGCAUUGGAAUAGCAAUAUGUAUUAAUACAUUAAUACGUGCUAUAAACUGUUGCACUAUCGCGGCGAUAGCAGCAAUUUACGUACUACACUCAAUAUCGGAUUCUAAACUACCAUUCACAUAUUGUAGGGAUUUUGAUUUAAAACCAUAUGAUCCUGUUCUUAAAGAUAUUUCUACGUUGACCCUAAGGGAGUCUAGGUUUUCACUAUCAGUCGGAGAACUAGAUGAAGAAUACAGAGAUGAUGAAUAUUAUACUGUGGGUACCGACGAUUUGGCUUGGAGAAAUGUGUCUUUUAGGAGAGAUGAAAGAGACUCAGAUGUGAGAAAAAAUACCCAUCAAAUACAAAUGUGUAAAGAGGAAUAUAGUUCUGGCUACCCGACACUGUAUAGCACUCCGGCGUAUAACUUUUUCUACGUAGAGGUGGUUUCACUGCGUACAGAUUACAAUUUUGGCCAGUUUAAUAUGCCUCUGGUGCUAAGUAUUGUGCUUGUUUGGAUAUCGUUGUGGAUGUUAAUGAUAAGUGAACGUCUUGCUUUCGGGCGACUAAUUUGGAAUAACAUGCACACUUGCCUACUGGCUAUACCCUGGAUUUGGACGUCGAUAUUAGUAUUCACCGCCGUUACAAAUCUUGCCUCCAUGCCUCGAGCUUUGCGUAGAGUCUACCGAAUCGGUGUAAAAGAAAUAAUCGCUGGUAUUGCAGAUGCACUCGAAGUGGCGCUCUAUAUACAUUCUGCUAGUACCGGUACUGAACUAAUUCACGGAAAGGGACUUAAUCAUUACGCUUCGGGCCAUAUAGAUCCACAUUUAAAUAGCGAAAAUGUGUGGCAUAGUGGUCUUUUAUUAUUAUUGACUGGCUUACACUCAAGCGGUGCGGCUGUCUGCGCUCUCGUUGACUACAUACAGCCAAAUACAAAGGCAACAUACAAUAUGCGUGAAAGUACACUAUGGAUAAUACCUAUGUACUCGAAAUGUGUUUUGAUCUGUAAUUACUCGCACUUUAUGUCAGUACUAAUAUUUAGUGGUCUUGCCUUAUCGUACAUGACCGUCGCAUACAUGUCUGUGAAAACGGCUCUACAUGCAAUUUUUGAAUACAAAGUUAAACUAGUAUUUGCAGAACAAGUAGUAGUAGCAGGAACCGUAUUGAGUUGCAUGAGCCUCAGUUUGUUAUACGCUACUACAGGCGGACUUGCACUAUUGGAAAGUGUCGAUGCAAUUAUGACUGGAAUUUCGAUGCCUUUUGUUUGCCUGUUAGAACUAAUCGCAAUGUUGUACGUAUAUCGCAGUCACGACUUUAUAUCCGACAUGAAUAUCGCGACUGAAGAGAAUGCGUGUUCGACAAGGAUAGAUGCCCAAUGGCAAAUUAUACCAUUUGUUACUUUUGCAACCAUAUUGAUGAAAGCUUCUGCUCUAAGCGACCCUGAAAUGCCCCAAAUGUUUAUGUACUUAGCGCUAGUGCCUCUAGCGAGUGUGAUGCUCUCCGUGCCUAUUAGAGCUUGCUUUAACGUGUAUCGAUUCGUUAAAUCAGGCAGACGUGCUCGAAAUUAA